AUGGACGACACAGUCGAACACAACGACGGCAUGGGUGACCCGCAUCACGACGUGUCACAUACCUCACCACAGCCCGCUUCCCUCAUCACAGACCUAGCAGACCUAGACCUCUUUGAAGAAGUGAAGCCACGCACAUUCCACCUCUUCAAGGACCUUCCGCCCGAGAUCCGCACAAAGAUCUGGCGUCUUGCGGCACCUAAGCCCGCUGUCGUGGAGCGCAUAUCCAACAGCACUACCUUGGCCUAUGAACUUCACCGCCCUGUCCCAGCGCUCCUGCAGGUUUGCCAGGAGUCUCGUGCCGAGAUGCUCUACGACCCUGAGAACCCGCGUGGUCUUAGAGAUGAGCAGUUUGAGAUGCUGCAUCUCUCCAGAGGACACCAGGCGCAAGGCAAGGGUGUGUACAUGAAUUAUCGUCAUGAUACACUGUUCAUCUACAGAGGACCUGCUCAGUCAAUCAUGCCCAGCGCUCUCUCCUUCAUCAACCUCCGCCAUCUCGCCAUGGAAUGGGGCCUCCGCCCCUGCUGGGUGCAGGGCCACUGCCACAAGGGCGCCCGUCUCCUCCGGCAGUUCCCCAACCUCAAGACGUUCACGCUCCUCGUCACCUUCCAUCCCUUCAAUACGGUACCUCUGGGCGAGUCGGGCAGAAAGCACCGCGAGCAGACGCAGAAGCGGCGGGCGCUCAAUGAGAUCAAGUCGUGGGUUCUUGGAGCCAUUGAUCAGGCUCUGGAGCAGGAUGCUAAUGCUCGUGCUGCUGCUGCUGCCGCUGCCGAAGCUGCUGCCAGCAAUGAUGCCAACGUCGAUACUACCUCUGGCUCUUCAUCUGAGCCUAUAUCCACAACUUCAGCUACGCCUCAGUCUUCUACACACACGACUGUGUCUCCGGCUAUCUGGAAUCCACCGGAGGUCAGAGUUGUCCCAAAGACAAAGUACUGGAGCAUGCCGGCGUUGGCCUAG